ACUGAUUGAAUUACUAAUCGAUAAUGUACAUGGAACGAUAUAUCGCGUAUAGUUAUAAUAAUAGUUGAUACUCCGAGUUACAUGGUGGUACAAGUGAUGACUACGUUUGUUAAUAAUGGGGCGAUGGAUCCGAAUCGUGAAUCCGGACUGGGGAGUGAUUCUGAUAAUAUGGCAGAGUUAGCAGCAUUGUUGACCGCCGAGAUACCAGAAGGCAGGAGUAGUCUUGCAGAUAGCCACACAAACUUGGAGAGGGUAGCAGAAUACUGUGAAGGGAAUUACUUUCAGUCUGAGAACAAACGGGCUGCUCUUGAAGAGACCAAAAACUACACCACCCAGUCUCUGGCCAGUGUUGCUUACCAGAUCAACACUCUUGCAUACAACUUCUUACAAUUGCUGGACCUUCAGACUGCUCAGCUUGCAGAAAUGGAAAGUCAGAUGAAUCACAUUGCUCAGACAGUGAUGAUCCACAAGGAGAAAGUUGCUCGUCGUGAAAUUGGAGUGUUGACAGCUAACAAGACUACAACUCGACAGUACAAGAUAAUUGCCCCUGCCAAUCCUGAGAAACCAAUUAAAUAUGUACGGAAACCUAUUGAUUACACAGCCUUGGAUGAUAUUGGUCACGGAGUAAGAACAGCAUCAACAGGGGGCACUCCCCGUUCUAAGCAGAGAGGCUCUAGUCAGGGUAGCAUCCAGUCACUUGGUUCAGUAUCGACGACGGGCAUGGGGGCUAUUGUAGGUCCGGCCCCCACGACAAAACCUCCAACUCCUCCACAGGCUGUGCGUACGGGGGGCAGCCUUAGUAAGGGAUCCAGAGAGUACAGGACUCCACCUGCUGUAGCACCACCUCAGGUGCCAAGUCACUAUGCGCCCAACUAUCCACUGGGACACCCUCGUCGUGGAGAGAGGGGUGCCGGUUAUAGCACCCUGCCAAUGCCUCCCUCAGCACACAUACAUUCCCAUACACUGCCUCAUCAUACUCAACAGCAUGUAUCCCAUCCUUCUCCCCCCAUGUCACCCCCUCAGGUAGGCAUGGUGCAUCCGAUACCUCACAAUAUUCAGCAGACUGUGCAAUCAUCGCAUCCACAGACUCCUCCCCCUCCACCGCCACCAAACUCGUACACAUUGGAUCACAACUCCAGCAUGCCACUUGUGAUGAACAGCAGUGGUGGUGACACAGUUGACCACAGCAGCCUGCAUCACCUGCACCACUCCCACACACUGCCACAUCAUCAUUCACCAGGUCAGGCUCUGCACCAUCAGCAUCGUCCUGGCAAUGUUUCUCCUCCACUUCCUCCACCACCUCCCCCUGAGGAUGAGCAUUCAGGGUUUGGCCGUCCACAUGCUGGAAGGAUGAUGCCAAUAGUUCCAGAUGAAGAGGAUUUACCAGGAUGGGUCCCCAAGAACUACAUCGAAAAAGUGGUAGCAAUCUAUGACUACUAUGCAGAUAAAGAAGAUGAACUGAGUUUUCAAGAAAGCUCCGUUAUAUAUGUCCUAAAGAAGAAUGAUGAUGGGUGGUGGGAAGGUGUCAUGGAUGGCAUCACAGGACUGUUCCCAGGGAACUAUGUGGAGCCAUGUGUCUGAGGAUGUGUGCUUCUUGACAUAUGUUACAUGUUCUUGCAGCUUCAUAUUGCAAAUGCAAGGAUUUGAUGUCUGACUGGCAGAAAAAGACAGUUUUCUCAAGGGUACACAAAUUGUUUCUUGCAAAGACCCUCUCCUUCAUCCAAUGCCUGGGAGUAUGCAGAAGUUUGAGGAAAUACAAUAGUUUCUGUGUGUGGCGGAGGAACCAGUAACUUAAUUAGGUUUUGAAGAGUAUGAACAGAAACUGCAGUAUUUCAUUUUUUCACGAGGCCUUGAUUUUGUCCUCUCUUUGUUUUAAAAAUUGCAUGUUUUUAAUACAUGCCAGCUUUUUAUUGGGGCUUCCCACAAAAGACAUAUUAUCCCAAGCAUGAGUAUCCUGAAACAUUGGCAGGAUACAUUAUGUGCAUUGAUUGAUAUGUAAGUGUCUGUGUUGCAGUUUGCUGGACUGUUAAAACAUCUGGUUCAGUUCUGGUAAUUAUUUAUAUUGUAGCAGUUACUUGCUCUGCAACUUGGUUGACAUUUUACUGGCACAGCAAACCUUGCCACCCAAGAACUAACUAACUCCGUGGGGCUGAGCCCUUCUUGAGAAGCCAUGAGUUCUGCAGCUACUGAAGAAUUUCCCAGCAUU